GUUAACAGAAUGCUACAAAUUCACAUCUCAUGAAGCUUCCACACACCAGAGUGAGGAUGGGGAGGCAAGUGCUGAUACUAUGUGGAGAUUUCAUGGAAGAUUACGAGGUUAUGGUUCCCUUUCAGGCCUUGCAGGCCUUUGGGGUUUCUGUGGACUCUGUUUGCCCUGGAAAGAAAGCAGGUGAGGCAUGCACCACUGCAGUUCAUGAGCGUCUUCCCCAUGAACAGACAUAUCGUGAGUCUCGGGGCCACAAUUUUACCCUGAAUGCCACUUUUGACGACAUUGAAGCAAGCAAGUAUGAUGGGCUAGUAAUUCCUGGUGGGCGUGCACCUGAGUAUCUUUCAAUGAACGAAUCAGUGCUUAAAUUGGUUUGUAAAUUUUCAGAAUCAGGAAAGCCAAUAGCCUCUAUAUGCCAUGGCCAGUUGAUUUUGGCAGCUGCUGAUGUGUUGAGGGGAAAAAAAUGCACUGCUUAUCCUGCAGUGAAGCCAGUAGCUGUGGCUGCUGGUGCACAAUGGGUGGAACCUGAAUCAAUGGCAGCUUGUGUUAUUGAUGGUAAUUUGAUAACAGGGGCUACUUAUAUGGGCCAUCCUGAGUUCAUCCGGCUCUUUGUGCAGGCACUUGGGGGAACCAUAACUGGUUCAGACAAAAAUAUUUUGUUCCUCUGUGGGGACUACAUGGAAGACUAUGAGGUGAUAGUGCCAUUCCAAUCUCUCGAAGCUCUUGGUUGCAAGGUUGAUGCAAUCUGUCCAUCCAAAAAACCUGGCGAGACUUGCCCAACUGCCAUCCAUGAUUUCGAAGGUCAGCAAACUUACAGUGAGAAACCUGGCCAUCAAUUCACUCUCAAUGCAAGCUUUGAAGAUGCAUUGGCUUCCUAUUCAAGUUAUCAUGGCCUUGUUAUACCGGGAGGACGCGCACCUGAAUAUCUUGCUCUUCAUGAUGCCAUAUUGGGUUUGGUGAAUCAGUUUAUGAAGGACAAGAAGCCAGUCGCUUCAAUAUGCCAUGGCCAACAGAUACUAGCAGCUGCUGGUGUGCUCAAGGGAAAGAAGUGUACCGCAUACCCUGCAGUGAAGCUUAAUGUGGUGCUCGGAGGCGGUGAGUGGAUGGAACCCGAGCCAAUAGAUCGAUGCUUCACUGAUGGUAAUCUAGUGACUGGGGCAGCUUGGCCUGGGCACCCUGAGUUCAUUUCUCAUUUGAUGGCAUUGCUUGGUAUAAAGGUCACUUUUUGACUAAUGUAUGCAUGUACAUGUGUGUUUGCUUGUUGCAUGGUGAAGUGUUGUGUGUUCAGAAGUUGAUGAGAACUAAUAAAACAGCUUCGAAGGUUAGCCAUAACCUUAUUAUGUCUACUUUUAGGCGAAGAGCUUAAUGCAGUAUAAAGUAUGAGAUGGUUUUGUUUUUGCCUUUU